AUGUUGUCUGCUGGUGGUCUUUCUGGCGUCAUUCUCACAGUAUGUAUUAACAAAGAAGACAAGUGGAAGACAAAGAACGUCCUCAUCAUGGAGUUCUGGACACUGUGGAGACAUACCAAACAACUUGUUAAGCUGAUGGGUGCUGCACCAGAGGUCCAAACUAGUACUGCAGGCCCCGGGCUUGCUGGCCUGGCUCGGGCUUCCUCCCAGCGAAGCCAGGACCUACUGGAGGGCUUGCACAGGGCUUUGGCCUGGCUUGGCCUGACCUAUCCGGGCUUGGCUUGGCCUGGCUCGGGCUUCUAA